AUGGCAGCAGAGGGGGAACCGACUCGGAUAAUGGUGGCCGUGAGCGAGUCCACGAUAAAGGGGUAUCCACACCCGUCGAUAAGCAGCAGAGGAGCAUUCGAGUGGACUCUGAAGAAAAUAGUUCGCUCCAAUACCUCUGGUUUCAAGCUCCUCUUUCUCCAUGUCCAAGUGCCUGACGAAGAUGGUUUUGAUGAUAUGGAUAGUAUUUUUGCGUCUCCUGAAGAUUUUGCUAGCAUGAAGCACCGGAACAAGAUCAGGGGACUUCACCUGUUGGAAUUCUUUUUCAAGCACUGCCAUGAUAUAGGGGUUGCCUGUGAAGCAUGGAUUAAGAAAGGUGAUCCAAAAGAAGUCAUCUGUCAUGAGGUAAACCGUGUCCGACCAGAUUUUCUCGUUGUUGGAAGUAGGGGCCUUGGUCCUUUCCAAAGGGUUUUUGUGGGAACUGUGAGUGAAUUUUGCGUAAAGCAUGCUGAGUGCCCUGUCAUUGCAAUCAAGAGGAGUGCGUCCGAGACUCCUCAAGAUCCUGUUGACGAUUGA